CACGCCCCUCCCCCAGCUAAAGGAACAGUCGCCCAGCUCUAACACUGCACCCCCUGACCCCAAGGGGCGAGGUACGACCUCGCUGAAUAUCCCCGGAGCAGAGGGCAGCGCAGUUACCCCCCUGCCCUCCUGAUCCAUGCACAGGGAGACCCAAGCCCCGCAGCAGCCCCACAAGCCUCCCUGCAACACCCGGUAAUGCAAUCCACGGGGGCGGGGGAGGCGGCGGCGGCGGGAGCAGCAACAGCGGUGGCGGUGGUGGCGGCGGCGGCGGCGGCGGCGGCGGCAGGAACAGCAGCACUGCCCCAAUCUAGAGACAUCCAGAGAAGGAGGAAAAUGGCUCCGAGCAGGGACCGCCUGCUGCACUUUGGGUUCAAGGCGACAAUGUUCUCAAAUAGUGAUGAAGCUGUAAUCAAUAAAAAACUUCCCAAAGAACUCUUAUUACGGAUAUUUUCUUUUCUGGAUGUUGUUACCUUGUGUCGCUGUGCUCAGGUCUCCAGGGCCUGGAAUGUUCUGGCUCUGGAUGGCAGUAACUGGCAACGAAUUGACCUGUUUGAUUUCCAGAGGGAUAUUGAGGGCCGGGUAGUGGAGAAUAUUUCAAAAAGAUGUGGGGGCUUUUUACGAAAGUUAAGCCUUCGCGGGUGUCUUGGGGUAGGAGACAAUGCAUUAAGGACCUUUGCACAAAACUGUAGGAACAUUGAAGUACUAAAUCUAAAUGGAUGUACAAAGACUACAGACGCUACAUGUACUAGCCUUAGCAAGUUCUGUUCCAAACUCAGGCACCUUGACUUGGCUUCCUGUACAUCAAUAACAAACAUGUCUCUAAAAGCUCUGAGUGAGGGAUGUCCACUGUUGGAGCAAUUGAACAUUUCCUGGUGUGACCAAGUAACCAAGGAUGGCAUCCAAGCACUAGUGAGAGGCUGUGGGGGACUUAAGGCUUUAUUCCUAAAAGGCUGCACACAGCUAGAAGAUGAAGCUCUCAAGUACAUAGGUGCACACUGUCCUGAACUGGUGACUUUGAACUUGCAGACUUGCUUACAAAUCACAGAUGACGGUCUCAUUACUAUAUGCAGAGGGUGCCAUAAGUUACAGUCCCUCUGUGCCUCCGGCUGCUCCAACAUCACAGAUGCCAUCCUGAAUGCUCUAGGUCAGAACUGCCCGCGGCUUAGAAUAUUAGAAGUGGCAAGGUGUUCUCAACUAACAGAUGUAGGCUUUACCACCUUGGCCCGGAAUUGCCACGAGCUUGAAAAGAUGGACCUGGAAGAGUGUGUUCAGAUAACAGAUAGCACAUUGAUCCAGCUUUCUAUACAUUGUCCUCGACUUCAAGUAUUGAGUCUGUCUCACUGUGAGCUGAUCACAGACGAUGGAAUUCGUCACCUGGGGAAUGGGGCCUGUGCUCAUGACCAGCUGGAGGUGAUUGAACUGGACAACUGCCCACUAAUCACAGAUGCAUCCCUGGAGCACUUGAAGAGUUGUCACAGCCUUGAGCGGAUAGAACUCUAUGACUGCCAGCAAAUCACACGGGCAGGAAUCAAGAGACUCAGGACCCAUUUGCCCAAUAUUAAAGUCCACGCCUACUUCGCACCUGUCACUCCACCCCCAUCAGUAGGGGGCAGCAGACAGCGCUUCUGCAGAUGCUGCAUCAUCCUAUGACAGACAGUGGAGGUGGUCAACCUUGGCGAACUGAG